AUGGCGGAAGAUACUGUUGCAGAGGGGGCUGCAGAAACGUCAGCAUUGCAAUCUCAGCCGUAUCAGGCAGCGAAGACGAAGCGAGGGAAGGGAAAGGGCAAGGAGAAGAAGGAUAAAGAUGAUAGCACUCCUCCGGUCAAGAGACGAUGCGUAUCGACUGCGUGUAUCGCGUGUCGCAAGCGGAAAUCAAAGGUCUGUCUACCUAUCAUCGCAUCAAGAUGA